AAAAAGGAAAUCUCGGAAAUCUAGUUUUUUAACAUUGCAAAAUGAAAUUCUGUGAUUUCAUAUUUUUAAUUCUGAUAUGUGCUGUAUUUCCUGAUGCUUCUGGACAGUCUUCUCUGGAAAUCUCAACAACAACAGUUGAUCCAAAUUGUCUUUCCAACACGGUUGACAAAAAUCUCUUCGAUAAUCCAGAUAUUGGAAUUGGUGGAAAAGUUUUAGAAGACGGAAGUGGAGGCACUGAGGCGCCUGGGCAAGAUACUUCCCCGUCAGAAUCCACAAAUGGUAAUUCUGAACAAUCUAGCACAGUUGGUUCUGGCUCCUCCGAUUCGUCACCAAUUGUGCCAGAAACUACAAAUGAUCCUGUAGAAGCAUCAUCUCCAUCUACAAACACUGUGAGCACAAUUUUAAGCGAAAUUUUGAGCUCUUCCUAUCCUUCGGAGUUUUCCUCUACUGUUACUUCCAUGCUCACAACUACUCCAAGCUCAUGCUCGGGAACGUUGCGCUCCGCUCAACUGGCUUUUCAGCAAUUUUUCGAACAAAUCACUGCAUUGUUUCAACAAAUCCUUGAAAGCUUCUUUUCUGCUCUUGGAAUUAAUAACUUUGGGUGAAAAUCAAUGCUCUUGAGUUUUUGUUUGGGGUAAUGAAUAAUUGGUUCACAUUUAUUUUAAAAUUAAAUUAUGUAUAACAUGUCUAAAACAAAAUUCAACACAUACUUUAUGACGUGUUGGAAUUGUAUACUAUUGUGUUUUUGAAUUCUGAAAAACUAUAACUGGAAAUUU